AGUGGAUAAUUUUUUGGAAUUCCCGAGCCUUGGUACUCAUAUUAUGGUAUUUUAACAGUGAAACAUGCCUAAAAAAGCCAAUAAGAAGGCCGCUAAAGCAGGCUCAAUUUACAGAAUAGCUUUACAAAACUUCGUGACGUAUAAAGAAGUGGAGUUGUUCCCGGGCCCGUCUCUGAAUUUGAUAAUUGGUCCAAAUGGAACUGGGAAGUCCACUUUUGUUUGUGCCAUUAUACUGGGACUUUGCGGUAAAACGAGCGUCAUUGGAAGAGCAAAGAAGAUCUCAGAAUAUGUCCGCAGUGGAUGCCAGGAGGCCACCAUUGAGAUAGAGCUGCACCGAGAGGCCAAUGAACCUAAUGUCAUAAUUACUCGCAUCUUCAACCUCCAGGAUGCUAGUAUGUGGAAGAUCAACAACAAGAAUGUUAAGGAGAAGCAGGUCCAGGAGCUCAUUGCUACUAUGAAUAUUCAGGUGGACAACCUCUGUCAACUGCUGCCCCAAGACCGAGUGCAGGAUUUCUCCAAGAUGAACUCCCAAGAGCUCCUCCGGAGUACUCUAGCAGCUGUCGGGGGUCACACGAGUGUCAACCAGCUAGAUGAGCUGAUCAGGACUAGAGCUGAGCAGAGAGGGUUGUCAACGAGGCUGCAGAAUAAUGCGCAGCUUCUGGAGGAGAAAAUACGGCAGAACGAAAGAUUAAAAAUAGUAAUCGACGCCAUGCAACAACGUAAAGAGAUUGAGCAGGAGAUACUGAUGUGCGAACGCAAGAAGUACUGGAUAGAGUACCAGGAGCUCAGAGAAAAGGUGAAUGAGUACAAAGGAGACAAGGAAAAGGCCAUCAAGCUGGUGGAAAUACAUACGAAGAAGUUGGAGCCUUUGGAGAAAGCUUUUAAUAAAGUUAAAAGUGGAAUCGGAAAGUUAGAACAGCAGAAGUUGAAUGCGACUCGAGAAGUGCGUGUUCUAAAAGACAAGUUGAAAGAAACAAUAGAGUCAGUGAGGGCGCAAGAGUACGCUUUGAGAGAUAUAGACUCUAACCUGAAAGAGAAAGUAGAGCGCCAUAAAAAUAGAGAAAGAGAGCUGAUAGAGGCUAGAGCUAAGUUGGACAAGUUGAUCACAGAUAAGAGAAAGUUUGACGAAGAAAUUAACGAGGAUGGCGCUAAAAUGGAGUUAGUACAACUACACAAGAAGAUUGCAAAGGAGAAUGCGGGCAUAGAUGGGAUCAAGAAACAAAAGAUGGAAAUGCAGUUUGAGCUCGAAAGUAAAGUCACGCCAGUAAUAAGACAGCAUCAGAAUAAAAUCCGAAGCCUAGAGAACGUGGAUGAGAAACGUCUAGAACUGCUGAAGAACGUCAGCGAUCACACAUACAAAGCGGUAAUGUGGCUGCGUGAAAACCGGGCCAUGUUCAAGAAAAGGGUUUAUGAACCUAUGAUACUUGAGAUAAACUUCACGGAUGCCAAAUUCGCUCGUUACCUCGAGGCAAAGGUGGCUUCCCGCGACCUCUUGGCGUUCACAUUUGAAUGCAGUCAGGAUAUGAACCAGUUCACAAAUAUUGUGAGAAUGGAGCAUGGUCUGCGGACCGUGAACGCAGUCAGUAGCGAGGGAUACCCGGCGCUCUCACACUAUAAGGCGCAGCAGAAGGACAUAUCAGAGCUGAGCUAUCUCGGUUUCUACACGUACGUUUUGGACACGAUCACAGCACCCGAUCCGAUCUUGCGGUACCUGUGUGGCAAUUACAAUAUACAAAGCAUACCCAUAGGAAACGACCACACCUUCAAUAAUUGCUCCAAAGUGCCUUCUAACAUUAAGUCUUUCUUUACUGAAAACCACCGAAUCAACAUCAGUGUUUCGCGCUACAGCGGGGUGAAGUCAAGUUCGACGGUGGAGAUAGGUCCCGCGAGACUGCUGGCCAACACUGUCGACGUGGAUGAGCUCGAAAACCACAAGACUCAGCUUACUGCACUUGAGAAUCAAGCGAAAAACAUGAAAGUAAAAAUGCAAGACUUGCAAAACAAAGUAGCAAAUUUGGAAGGUAAUCUAAAUAACCUCAAUAUGCAGAGGAAAAGGAUCACCGAAAACGUUGAGAAGCUCCGAGCUCUCGGUACACAGAUACGUUUACAAGAGAAAAAGGUGCAAGAUAUUGAAAAUGAACCACUUUUCAAUCUACAACAAGAAAAAGAGAAAUGUAGACGGAGACAGAAGGACAUAGUGAAGAAACAGGGCAAGAUGCAUCAGGAACUAGUAGGCAUUAUGAAAAAACUGCAGGAUAAAUUGCUCAAUGGAGAAAUGUGGAAGGUGAAGUUAGACAUUAGUAGAAAGGCAACAGAAAGGCAGGAAUCUCAAUUAAGGGAACUUCAAAUAGCAUUACGAGAGGCAAAGCAUACACUAGAAGACAUGGAAGUACGUUACAAGCAAACCAAUAUAAAAGCCCAUGCUAAACUGAAAGAGGCAAAGAAAGCGUGCGGCAGCGAGCUGUUGCCUCAACACCCGAACUUCCCCUUCAAGGACCAGUUUGGGGAGUUGCCGGCCGAGCUGGAUAGACUGCAGGAGCACUGCUAUGAGCUGCAGACUAGGAUGGAUUGUAUGGACAAGGGUGAUGAACAGGUCAUAAAAGAAUAUGAGGAAAGAGAAAAAGAAAUAGCGAAAUUAAAGACCGACGUCAGCAGCAACAGUGACGUUCACAAGGAGCUUGAAAGCAAAAUGAACUCUAUCAGAGAGCAAUGGCUGCCUCCUUUGGAAAACUUGCUACGGGACAUAGACAAGAGCUUUGGAGAAAUGUUCGCUAAACUGGGUUGUGCCGGAGAAAUCAAACUCGACAAGGCUGGAAAUGAUGAGGACUACGACAAAUACGGCAUCUCCAUCCUAGUCCGAUUCCGCACAUCCGAGCAACUGCAGCAACUAACGCGACACGCUCAGUCGGGCGGCGAACGCGCGCUGUCCACAGCCAUGUACCUCAUGUCGCUACAGAGACUCACCACCGUGCCGUUCCGAUGCGUCGAUGAAAUAAACCAGGGAAUGGACCCGAUAAACGAGCGCAAGAUGUUCCACCUGCUCGUCAAAGUGACAACCGAGUGCGACAACGCCCAGUAUUUCCUGUUGACGCCUAAACUCCUAACAAACUUGGAGUACAACCCAAAGAUAAUGGUGCACACUAUAAUGAACGGCAAGCAUAUUAUGAACUACAAGCAGUGGAACUACGAGGAUUUCUUAAAUAACGCCAAAUCCUAUAGACCAAGGAAAAGCUAGUUAUAUAAGUACUUAACAUAGCUUUAAAAUGAGAUUAUAAAAGCCGUACUGAAUUCAAUUUGAGUACAACCGAUCGUACCUCAUUUGAUAGGGUCAUUUAAUGACGUUAAACAUUAUCGAAGAUUGAACGUAAGAGAGCGAAUAGGUUUUUUUUUUACUUUCUAUUGUCUAAUUGUAUUUUUUGACCUUUGUUCAAAAAUGUGGUCGAAUAACUUGAAUAUUAGGUGACAUAUUUGAAUUGUCUUUAUCUGUCUGUUCUGUUAUCUUGUCUGUGUGUAUGAUAGCACAAUUUAAGCAUCGUGUUUAAUUUAUAUUUAUAACUAUUUUAACACGUUCAUUGCCCCGCGGACAUGGUUCAAGAUGUAUAGAAGCUUAAAAGAACUCAUGAUCAUCACUAAAAAAGAUACCCACCGUAGACCAUGAAUAGGAAAAUAAUGUAUGACAUAUGAACGUGCGUACAAUUUUAUAGCUUUAAAAUAUUGUCUUAUUUUGCUAUGAACAGCGUAAUUUUAGUUUCGAUGAUUAUACGAACUUACUAUUUUAUUUCCGAACUAUUGCUAUACAGUAGAGCACAUUUCUUCCCAUGAACAAAGGAGGUCUGUACCCAUGUUAACCUAGUUAACUAUUAUUGUCUCUCUAAGGGCCAUUUGCACCAACGAAAAUGGAGGGUUAACCUCGAGUUAACCCACCACUUUAUAUGGAAUUUGACAGUUGACAGCCCACUAACCCUGAGUUAAGUGAUUGGUGCAAGUGGGCCUAAACGUGUUAGAUGUUACCUAUAUCUGAGACCCUUAACCACCCUCUUGUAAGAUAAAAUUAUUAUUUUAAAUAGGGAUGAGUACCUUAUAUUAUAAUUAUUAUAAUUUUAUAUCUUGUACGUCUAUCAAAAUUGUUUGAAACGGACUCAGGGUAGUUUUCGUCGAAAGAUUUUAGUCAAGUUUCGAUCCAGGUAUGCACACGAUUUUAAACAGAAGCAGCACUGAGAAUUGUAAAGCACGUUAAAUAGUUAUUUGUUAUACAAGAGGGCAAAGUUGUAUUUUAACGCCGAGUGUGGAAUUGAAAAACGAGCAAGUGAAAGGAUU